GAUAUCCCAAGUGAAACCAUCAUGUCGGAGCUCCUCCGCCGUCUUAAGUGUUCCGCCAAGCCCGACAAGCGCCUCAUUCUCAUCGGCCCACCUGGUUCUGGAAAAGGUACUCAGUCACCCAUCAUUAAGGAUGAGUACUAUUUAUGCCAUUUGGCCACCGGUGACAUGCUUAGAGCUGUUGUUGCUGCCAAAACUCUUCUUGGAAUCAAGGCCAAGGAAGCCAUGGACAAGGGUGAACUUGUUUCGGAUGACUUAGUUAUUGAGAUCAUUGAUGAAGUAAUGAAGAAACCCUCAUGCCAAAAAGGGUUCAUUCUUAAUGGGUUUCCCAGGACAGUGGUUCAAGCAAAAAAGCUUGAUGGAAUGCUUCAAAAGCAGGGUGCCAAAGUGGACAAAGUAUUAAAUUUUGCAAUUGAUGAUGCUGUUCUGGAAGAGAGGAUUAUUGGUCGAUCGAUUGACCCUUCAAGUGGAAGAACUUAUCACACAAAGUUUGCGCCACCUAAAGUUCCUGGAGUUGAUGAUGUCACUGGAAAACCUCUAAUUCAACCCAAAGAUGAUAAUGUUGUUGUUCUCAAGUCCAGGCUCGAGGCUUUUCACCGCCAAACAGAACCAGUUGUAGAUUAUUGUUCAAAGAAGGGUGUUGUUGCUAGCUUACAUGCUGAAAAACAACCAAAGGAUGUUAUUGCAGAAGUUCAGAAAGUUUUAUCCUGCUAGAGAAGAAGCUCAUAACAAAACCGGC